AUGCCAGCUAAGAGAAGCAAUUCAGAGGGAAAUGAUCUUAAUAAGAAACGAUCGCAAUUUCUUCCACAAAUGUCACGAAUUUCCCGAUCAAUUUCAGCAUGCCAAAGAUGUAGGCUCAAGAAGAUUAAAUGUGACCAAAAUUUUCCAAAGUGUACGAAAUGCGAUAAAGCAGAUGCUGAAUGUGUAGGUUUGGAUUCAGUUACAGGUCGGGAGGUCCCUAGAUCUUACGUAAUGUACUUGGAAAAUAGGAUCAUGCAAUUAGAAGAAAAGAUGAGCGGUGGAAGAAUAGACCUCAAUGAUAAUAAUACCCAAGUAACGGAGGAAGCCGAGCCGCUACAAGACGAUGAUUCAAUAACUAAUUAUUCUGGAGAUAGUCAAUUAGGUGGACUUCCACAAGUACUGAGUCAACAGAUACCAUUUGAGAAUAUUGAUGCAUCAAUAUUCGAGGGUUCAGGAAUUUCGUUUUCAAAAUUGAUGUUCACUGCAAUAAGGAGUCACAAGGGAGGCCAGGAACAAGAUAAGUUAAAUCCAACAGUGAAUUUUGAAAACACUAGUGCAUUGCCUGCUAUAUUGCCUCCAAAACGCACUGCUGAGGAAUUUUUAAAGAUUUUCUUUUCACAAUCAAACCCCCAGUUACCGAUAUUUCACCGGGAAGAGUUCAUACGAAAAUAUUUCAUCCCGAUCUAUGGUAAAAUAGACGAGGACGUAAUACUAGCCAAUAACUAUACACCUAUAAAUGUAUCGUUUUUUCAAGGUGCAGAGAAUAUUAGGGAUGAAGACACAUGGUUUUUUCAAUAUAAACAAGAAUUUCAAAAACGGCUACAAACUACUAAUAAUAUCGUGGACCCAAAUGAAAUCUCCAACGCCAUUGUUCCACCAGAGAAAUUUCAUAAAGCAUUAUAUUUCUUAAGUAUGGCCUUUGCUAUUUCUUGUUCCGUUCAUCAUCUACAAUAUCAUUCGAAUAUAUCAAACUCCUUUAAAAUAGCAGCAAACAGAUACUUUGAAACAGCAAGUUCGUCGGAGGAUAAAUUGGAGUCUUUACAAAGUAUCCUAUUACUAACAUUAUAUUCUCUUAUGAGACCAACUGUUCCAGGGGUCUGGUACGUUCUUGGGUUAGCAUUAAGGGUUUGUGUGGAUUUGGGAUUGCAUAAGGAGACCUCAAUCGAAAAUUCGAAUUCAAUAGACUAUUUCACCAAAGAUAAAAGAAAACGGCUAUUUUGGUGUACAUAUGCAUUGGAUAGACAGAUUUGCUUUUACUUAGGCAGACCUGUCGGUAUCCCUGAAGAGAGUAUUGGUACUCCAUUUCCUUCUGCCUUAGAUGAUUCAUUAAUUGAGAACAAUAAUUCGAAAGACCCACCACUUCUUAAAAGUGAUUCACUGACAUAUAAAUCCAUAUCGUUAGCAUUCUUCGAAAUGAGACGAAUUCAAGGUGAAGUGCAGAAAGUUUUAUAUGAAGACUCCGAUAUACCACGUAAUUUUUCUGGUUUACAUGAAUGGAAAUUAGAUAUAAUUGAAAAAUUGAAAAAUUGGAAGCUCCAUUUGCCUAAGACUGAAAGAGACAUGAAUUGUGAUUUUAACGUGGAGUUUUUUAACUUGAAUUAUAACCAUACAGUAUUAAUGAUUCAUGGACUUUCCCCGAAGAAUACUAAGUUAUCGGUUCCUGAUUUCAUACGACUUCAAGACUCUUCGAAAGAAAUAAUACAUUGCUAUAACCAGCUACAUGCAAGUAAAUGCAUCAACUAUACAUGGGUUACAGUUCAUAAUUUAUUUUUGGCCGGAACCUGCUAUUUAUAUGCGAUCUACAGCAGUGACGAUGUUUGCAAACAGAAUAGUUUACAUGAAGUGAAAAUGGUAUCACAGGAAUGUAUUAAUGUUUUGAAUUCAUUAAUUGACAAAUGUGCAGCUGCUUAUAAUUGUCGUCACAGUUUUGAGGUACUUAAACUGCUGCAGUAG